GUCACUCUGGGCAACAGGCUGGUCGGCCACGACUGCGCAGGCGAGAGGUACGGAGCGGCUGGAGACUGUCGUCCCCCGGUUUCGCUGGAGACCAGGCGGAAGCGGCCGGAAGUAGCGCUGCGGUUGGCAGCGGCGGGAUGGAGAAACUGGGGGUGGAGCCGGCGGAGGAAGGCGGCGGCGACGACGAGGAAGACGCCGAGGCCUGGGCCAUGGAAUUGACGGACGUGGGGGCGGCAGCCAGCUCGCAGGAAGUUCAUGAUCAAGUGUUGCCCACACGAAAUUCUUCAUCCAGAGUCAUAGUACAUAUGGAUCUGGAUUGCUUUUAUGCACAAGUAGAAAUGAUCUCAAAUCCAGAGCUAAAAGACAAACCUUUAGGGGUUCAACAGAAAUAUUUGGUGGUUACCUGCAACUAUGAAGCUAGGAAACUUGGAGUUAAGAAACUUAUGAAUGUCAGAGAUGCAAAAGAAAAGUGUCCACAGCUGGUAUUGGUUAAUGGAGAAGACCUGACCCGCUACAGAGAAAUGUCUUACAAGGUUACAGAAUUACUGGAAGAAUUUAGUCCAGUUGUUGAGAGACUUGGAUUUGAUGAAAAUUUUGUGGAUCUAACAGAAAUGGUUGAGAAGAGACUACAGCAGCUGCAAAGUGAUGAACUUUCUGCGGUGACUGUGUCGGGUCAUGUAUACAAUAAUCAGUCUAUAAACCUGCAUGACAUCUUGCACAUCAGACUACUUGUUGGAUCUCAGAUUGCAGCAGAGAUGCGGGAAGCCAUGCAUAAUCAUUUGGGGCUCACUGGCUGUGCUGGAGUGGCUUCUAAUAAACUGUUGGCAAAAUUAGUUUCUGGUGUCUUUAAACCAAAUCAACAAACAGUCUUACUACCUGAAAGUUGUCAACAUCUUAUUCAUAGUUUGAAUCACAUAAAGGAAAUACCUGGUAUUGGCUAUAAAACUGCCAAAUGUCUUGAAGCGCUGGGUAUCAAUAGUGUGCAUGAUCUCCAAACCUUUUCACCCAAAAUUUUAGAAAAAGAAUUAGGAAUUUCAGUUGCUCGUCGUAUCCAGGAGCUCAGUUUUGGAGAGGAUAACUCCCCUGUGAUACCCUCAGGACCACCUCAGUCCUUUAGUGAAGAAGAUUCAUUUAAAAAAUGUUCAUCUGAAGUUGAAGCUAAAAAUAAGAUUGAAGAACUACUUGCUAGUCUUUUAAACAGAGUAUGCCAAGAUGGAAGGAAGCCUCAUACAGUGAGAUUAAUAAUCCGUCGGUAUUCCUCUGAGAAGCACUAUGGUCGUGAGAGUCGUCAGUGCCCUAUUCCUUCACAUGUAAUUCAGAAGCUAGGGACAGGAAAUUAUGAUGUGAUGACCCCAAUGGUUGAUAUACUUAUGAAACUUUUUCGAAAUAUGGUGAAUGUGAAGAUGCCAUUUCACCUUACCCUUCUAAGUGUGUGCUUCUGCAACCUUAAAGCACUAAAUACUGCUAAGAAAGGGCUUAUUGAUUAUUAUUUAACGCCAUCAUUAUCAACAACUUCACACUCUGGCAAGCACAGUUGUAAAAUGAAAGACACUCAUACGGAAGAUUUUCCCAAAGACAAAGAAAUAAACCGGGAUUUCCUACCAAGUGGAAGAAUUGAAAGUACAAGAACUAGGGAGUCUCCACUAGAUACCACAAAUUUUUCUAAAGAAAAAGACAUUAAUGAAUUCCCACUGUGUUCACUUCCUGAAGGUGUUGACCAAGAAGUCUUUAAGCAGCUUCCAGUAGAUAUUCAAGAAGAAAUCCUUUCUGGAAAAUCUAGGGAAAAAUUUCAAGGGAAAGGAAGUGUGAGUCGUCCAUUACAUGCCUCUAGAGGAGUAUUAUCUUUCUUUUCUAAAAAACAAAUGCAAGAUAUUCCCAUAAAUCCUAGAGAUCAUUUAUCCAGUAGCAAACAGGUAUCCUCUGUAUCUCCUUGUGAACCAGGAACAUCAGGCUUAAAUAGCAGUAGUUCUUCUUACAUGUCUAGCCAAAAGGAUUAUUCAUAUUAUUUAGAUAAUAGAUUAAAAGAUGAACGAAUGAGUCAAGGACCUAAAGAACCUCAAGGAUUCCACUUUACAAAUUCAAACCCUGCUGUGUCUGCUUUUCAUUCAUUUCCAAACUUGGAGAGUGAGCAACUUUUCUCCAAAAACCGCACUACAGAUAGCCAUAAGCAAACAGUAGCAACAGACUCUCAUGAAGCACUUACAGAAAAUAGAGAGCCAGAUUCUGUUGAUGAGAAAAUUACUUUCCCUUCUGACAUUGAUCCUCAAGUUUUUUAUGAACUACCAGAAGCAGUACAAAAGGAACUGCUGGCAGAGUGGAAGAGAACAGGAUCAGAUUUCCACAUUGGACAUAAAUAAGCAUAUUCAGCAAAAAGGUCUGAAAAGCAAGGGAAUACCAUUAUUUUCGGAUUAGCAGUUUAUUAAGUUCUUCUAUAUUAAACACUAACAGAUAUUCAAUAAUGGAGUAAACUGUUCCAGAUAAAGCAAGAAUAGUUGCAAGAAGUAAAUUCUGGCACAAAGCAUAAAAAUAUAACAGAAGAAAUAAUGUAAAAUACUAUCUUUUAUGUCUAAAGUCAUUUUAUAUUUUCAAUAAAAAUAUCAUGGUCAACAUAGAAUAUUUUUCAUGAAUUGGUGGGGAGAUGUAUAUGUUUGUAUAUAAAAAAAUAGCCAAAUCGUUGCAAUGAUAUGGUAAAGGACACUUUUUUUUUCCUGUGAAAUGUGGAAUAUCUCAAAUUCAGCCUGUUAGGCUGAAUAGCAAAUCCUACUGCCAACUAACCUAUUAAAAAUAUAGAUAGUUUUGACUAAAGUACUACAUUACAUUUAGUAUGUUGACUUUUAAAAUACCAAAGCAAUUUAUAUUCAAUUAAUGCUUCUUCAUACACCAAGAAUCUACCACAAUACACAGCACACAAAGGCCGUUCAAUAAACAUUGAAUGAAUGAAUGGUUUGGCUAGGGCCAGGGUGGGGAGUUAAAGUGAGAGGAGGGUAUAUGUUGUAGAGAACAGUGGUAGAAGGAACUGUCUGUGCAAGUAAAUUAAGGGAAAGAUGGACACCAGAAAUGCAAGGUGAUGGGCCUAUAAGCAUACUGGAUAAUGGAAGAAGUCCAUUUCUUUCUAGCUAGUUUGAAGGGCCUAAAAGCACUGACAUGUUUUUGUAUCUUCCCUACAUUUGGAGAUGAUAUUAGAUUGUCAUAACAACCACAAAUAUAGACCAUUACUAAAUUGGUGGAUGUCCUCUUUCUCCCAUUGUUAUUGCCUUCCUCUUUUGCCUGCUAUACUAAAAAUUGGAUAUAAGAUUGAGAAUGUAUUAUAUAAUUUGCAAGACAUAGAGGAUGUUUAUAGAAUAUACUAAAGUAUCCCUCAGCACCAAUAUGGGAGUAUCCUGGUCUCAAGUUUAUAAUUUUUGCACAUAUAAUCUAAAGAAGAGACUUUAAAAAUAAAGUACACAAAUAUGAACCAAAGAGUAGCUUAAAAAUACUUUCUUCUAGGUCUGAAAUUUUCUUUUCUUUUUUUUUUUGGAGAGGGUCUCACUCUGUCGCCCAGGAUGGAGUACAGUGGCGCUAUCCCAGCUCACUGCAACCUCUGCCUCCCAGGUUCAAGCAAUUCUCCUGCCUCAGCCUCCUGAGUAGCUGGGAUUACAGGCAUGUCCUACCACACCCAGCAAAUUUUUGUAUUUUUAGUAGAGAUGACGUUUCACCAUAUUGGCCAGACUGGUCUCGAACUCCUGGUCUCAGGUGAUCCUCCACCUCCGCCUCCCAAAGUGCUGGAAUUACAGGUGUGAGCCAUUGCUCCCGGCCCCAGGUCUGAAAUUUUAACUUAGUUUUGGAUUCCUUGAAAUUUGAAAAUAUGCUAACACGAAAGAUUUUAAAUAGGUAGUUUGAGGUUAUCAAGAACAGUAACUUGGAGCAAGAACAUCAGAAAUUGUUCACCAUGCAAAUAUUUAGUACUCUGAAUCAAGGAACAUAGUAUUUUUUACAUGGAGUAUUCCAGUAAGGUAAUUAAACUUAUGAAAAGGAUAUAUAACUUUUUGUAAAUAAUUCAUUAAAACAUUUUAUAAUCCUUGUAAUGAUUUCAGGACCUUGGACAGCUAGAAGGGUCUUAAGAAAAAAUGACUAAGAAAAGAAAGUAAAUGGUUUUGGCCAGCUUAAAAAGAGAAGCUAAAAUAGUUAAAAAUACAUUUCAUAGAUUGAGAAUGUAGGGGCUAUGUCACAGUUAUGCUACUUAUUUUGUGGUUUUAAGUUAGUCUCAACAUCUUUGGGCCUCAGAAUCAACUUUUUCAGGGAUCUUUUUUCUCUGUCUUUAAGAUUAUCUCUUUUUUCUUUGGUGUUUUGCAGGUUUACUGUAUUAUUUGGAAGUGCGAAUUUCUUUUUAUUCUUGGUAUAUACUGGCUUAUUCCUGUAUCUUUUAAUUCAUGUUCUGUAAAAUUCUCAACCACUAGCUCUUCAAAUAUUUAUUCUGUAUUCUAGGACUAUAUACAAAUGAUAGAUUUUCUUACUGUAUCCUUCAUGUCUCUUAAUUUCUCAUAUUUUUCAUCCUCUUGUUUCUCUUUACUGCAUUUUGGGUAAUUUCAUCAGCUCUAUCUUUCUGUUUACUAGUUCAUUUUUCAAUAGCAUCUCACCUGCUAUUUAAAACAAUGAUGGUUUUAAUUUCAAUAAAUAUAUUUUUCAUUUAAUUAUUUUUAACUUCCUGUUUACUCAUUACAGUCCCUUGUAAGUCUAUUUCUAAUUUUUAAAAGUCAAAUAUUUGAUAUUUUUGAUAAUUUCAAUAUUUUAAGUCUUUAUAAGUCUACAUUUAAGGUUAUUAUUGCAUCUCAUUGUGACUUAUUUCCUUAAGUAUGUGUUAAUCUGCGAGAAGACAGAGGGCCUAAAUUGUGUAUGUUUUCCUUCAGUAUGAUUUGAGUUCGUUGCUUCUCUGGGUGAGGUGGUACAAACUCCUUGGCAUACUCUAUUCACCUUUGAGGAUCCUGAUUGAAUACCUUGUCUUAAGUUUAAGCUCCCUGACCCUUCCUACUAGCCGAAGGUUUUGUCUCUGCAGGUCAAUUCCAAACUAACAGGCAGAUGCUGUUAGCUAUCUGCCUUCAGGGAUAAACCCUAUGUUUCAAGCUUGCUUCUUGCUUGAUGCUUCCUGCUGCUUUCUUGCUUUAGUUUCAGCUCAAGUUUUUUUUUUUGUUUUUUUUUGUUUUUUUUUGUUUGUUUGUUUUGUUUUUGUUUUGUUUUUUUUUCUGUUUCUGUCUUGAAUGUAGAGGGUAUUUUUAUUUUUAUUUUUUCUGUUUCUCUCUUGAGUGUAUGGUGUAGAGGGGGUUUCUGUCUUGAGUGUAGGCCUGGAGAUUUCCCUUAUAUGGUACAAACCAGCAAUGAAUUAAGAGGUCUGUUUUCUCCAAGAUCUAGUGUUUUGUACUAGGAGAACUCUUAAAAAGUAUCUAUUCCACUGUAGUGCCAAAGUACAAAUUUAUUUGGAUUUGUUUUUUUUUCAUCUUAUUUUUUAACGUAUUUUUCUAUGUUAUGCUUCUUUCCCACCUUUAUCUCUCCUCCUAUCUUUUGGGAUCAGGUGGGUUUUCUAUUUAAUCAUAUAUUUUCCCUUUACUGAUUUGGAAUGUGAAUGUUACAAGUCCUUUUGAUUAUCCUUAAACAUCUAAAAAUGCUACCCCCUUUCCAAACAACACAAAGGUAUUGAAAUAACAUUAAUUCUAAUUAAAUUCCACAAGUUCUUUAUUAAAUCUCCGAAUUGGAUAUUAUUAGUAUUUUAUAUAGUCAAUGUUCAUCUUUUUUGCUGGGACAUGGUGGGGGCUUACCUUUUUUCUUGUGUGUCAGAUGUUCCUUCUAGGUAGAAUUCUUUAUACUUUCUGAAAUUAUGUCCUUAGAGCUGUAGAUUUAGAACUGACAUCUCUUGAGCUGUUCUAAGAUAAUAUCUUUUACUUUGGAGAUAUGCAGUUUUUAUUGUAUGUCUAGCUAUAGAUUUAUCAUGGAUUUAGGUUCAUUCUGAAUCUGCAGAUUUGUGUCUUCCAUCAAAUCUGGAUUGUUUUCAAUAUUAAAAAAACUUCUAUUUUAAAAUCUGUAUAUAGAAAGGUACAUAAACAUAAAUGAACAUGUUAAUGAGUAAUUGUAACAACUAUGUAACUAUCCAAGUCAAGAAAUAAAACAUAUCAAGUAA